CGAUUAGGUAACAGCACGAAUGUGGAUUUUCAAUAAAAUCGUUCAAUUUUAUACGAGCCAGGCGAGUCGUUUCGCUCGGCUUAGAACUGAUACGUUCCCUUACGUCUAUAUAAAUCGAUGGAACACAAAUCGGCCACAUAUAAGCUAGUUAUUUCAAAUCGUUCGGUCCAUCGAUCGCAAUCGAUUAGAUUCGUAAAGUAAUGUGAUACUGUUGUGAUCUCAUUUUAGGAAUUAAAUAAUGGCGUUGAUCGUUUAUUUAAUGGUGCUGUUAAUAUCGAGUAGGCUGUCUACAACGAAAGAAACUGAAUACAAACCCAAGUUAUCGGAACUUCUAGAAAAAGGUGGAAUAAAGGAAACUUCAGAGUCAACAAAGGGUUUAAAGCGGGGAAUUUAUCAAACUGGCUAUGGAAAUUCAUUUGGAGCAUCGUCUUAUUUGGGAUCGUCGUUGGGUCUUGCAGUUGCGCCUUCGUUCGGAAUACCUGGUAGUAUUGGUCCUACAGUAUCUGCGAUUUCUCCAGCCAUUGCGUCUCCUGCGCCAGCCGUAGUAGCCGCAAGCCCUGUGUCUGUGCCAGCACCAGUUCUUCCAGCUCCCGCUGUACAAACUUCAGUUGCUAUAGAGCCCAACCCAGUUAUUUUGAGGCAGGAAGUCCCAAGAUAUAUCACUCGCACAAUCACUAGGGACGUCCAAGUGCCUGUUCAAGUGCCAGUGCCAUUCCCUGUUGAUCGACAAGUGCCCGUACCAGUACAAGUACCAGUACCAGUGCCGGUAGUACACAAAGUUCCGGUGGAGGUGACGAAACAAGUACCCGUGUAUUACGAAAAGAAAGUGCCAUAUCCUGUCAAAGUACCCGUGCCGGUCUCUGUUCCAGUGCCAGUGACGGUGGAGAAGCAAGUGGCAGUCGAUCGACCGGUUUAUGUUGACCGACCUGUCCCAGUUCCACAUGCGGUAUAUGUCGACCGGCCGGUUAAUGUCCCGGUACCAGUACAAGUGGAUAGACCUGUACCGGUACCACAGCCGGUUAUAGUAGAUAGGCCAGUGGCGGUGCCUCAACCCUUUGCUAUAGAGAGACGGAUACCGGUGCAACUAGGAGCGGUUUCUGCUAUACCAGCUGUAUCUGCUUUACCUGCUAUAUCUCCAGUUGUGCCAGCUCCAGUAACGUCAUUAGGUUUACCUCCUUCCGGAAUAUCUUACGCAUCUCUUGGCUUAUCAAAUUCAAUUUCUGGCUAUCAUAAUUCUAUUUGAUGUUCUUUAUACUAGAAUAUACCUAUAUGAGUUUUGGAUCACUAUAUGUUUGUAUAUAAACGUAUCUCUAUUUAUUUUGUUUAUUAAAAUUAAAUAGAUGGAAACAAAAUCA